CAAAAACAAUCAACGUGGAAUUGAAGAAGGUUCUGCACAAGAUAUUUAUCUUAUACCAGAUUCAAAAUCAAUUAAUGGUAUUAGCAAGUAUCUUUCAAAACGUCUUAUUAGUGCUUCUAAAAAAUUUUAUUUACAUGCAUAUCGUAGUAUUAACAGAAUAACGAAUCUUAUGAAAGAAAUUGAAAAAUCUGUUAAAGUAGAGCUUCCAACUGGUCUCUUGACAAAUCAUUCUGGCCACAAAACUGUUGCUCAGAUUCUUCAUACAGGAAGAUGUUAA